AUGUUCCGAUCUACUGUAGUCGCGAUCUUUGUCGCGAUCCUUCCUUCACUGUCCCUCGCCAAGUCGUCCGCAAGCUGCGGUCCAACCCCUUCUGGUGCCAUCCGACCUUCUGUCGCGUCUGGCUUCCAGGUACAAGUGGUCGCGACAGGUCUCUCAAAGCCUCGUGGCAUUCUCCUCGACCAAGCGGGAAAUCUCCUGGUGGUGGAAUCAGGAAGAGGCGUUGUUUCGGCCCAUACACUGAAAGAACAUGGCGGUUGUGUAUCUGUGGGAAAGUCAUCCGACGUGACUGCUGCUUUGCAUCUCAACCACGGGAUAGAGAUGUCCAGGGAUGGCAAGACUCUCUACGCCUCCUCUGCUCAAGAUGUCUAUUCCUGGGCUUAUGACAGCUCAGCCAGGACCGUUUCGGACCGUGCCAAUCUGGUGACCAACAUGUCCGGUACCGAUCACACAACUAGGACACUCCUGCUUUCUGAGAAGGCUCCGGGGCUACUGGUGGUGACAAGGGGAAGCACCUCCAAUAUAGAUAUAGCUGCUGCAAGUCUGGAUUCGGGCCAUUCCCAGGUCAAGGCUUUCAACUUGACCAAUCGAACAAACACAGCGUACGACUUUUCCGCCGAUGGCCUUCGGCUCGGCUGGGGGCUGAGGAACGAUGUUGGAAUAGCAGAGCAUCCGACCAGUGGAGGGAUCUGGUCAGUCGAGAAUUCUGCGGACCAACUCACACGGAUGGGCGUGGACAUCCAUGAAGACAACCCUGCUGAGGAGUUGAAUUUCCUCGGUUAUCUGGAUGGCACGGAAUAUGCUCCUCAAGGGGGCAACUUUGGCUACCCUUGGUGUUUUUCUGCCUGGAAUGUCAACGACCUGCCGGAUAAUGGGAAUCUGUCGGUGGGCAGUCAGUAUGCCGUUGAUGCCAGUCCGGAUUCCAACAACCAGAACAAAACGGACGACUAUUGCUCAGACCAAGUGCCUGCCAGACUGGUUUUCCAGGCCCACAUGGCCCCAUUGGAUAUCAAGUUCAACAACAGUGGACAGGAAGCGUGGAUUACCUUCCACGGUAGCUGGGAUCGGACUGACCCGGUUGGAUACAAAUUGUCCGUUGUGCCCUUCGACAAGAAUGGCGAGCCUGCGGAUGAGCUGCAAAGUACCACUGCCGCUCGGGAUGUUCUCGUCAACGAGGACAACUCGAAGUGCCCGGACAACUGUUUCCGCCCGGUGGCCAUGGCCUUUGAUUCCCAGGGUCGCAUUUACCUCUCUUCAGAUGCCUCUGGGGAGAUAUACCUGAUAACAAAAGCAUCAGGUGCGAGUAUUCCGGGUUCGCCCACGUCAACAGCAUCAUCAUCAUCUUCCGCGAGCGCUACUAACCUUGCCAGCAGUGUCAGAAUACCCGUCCUCAAUGAACUCGGGAUUCUGUCCUGUUUGGUUGCGCUGAUUCGGUUGAUAUUAUAG